CGAACGAUCAUCAUUUUGACAAAACUUCUAAAUCUUACGUCUAAUAACGCCUCAAAAGAAAAUAAUUACAUUAUAUUUCAAUUUACACGGUUUAGUGUUCAAAAUGCCGUUUAUACGUUCGACGAACUUAAAUUUAUUUAUUGAAAUAUUUCUUCGUGUCGCACUAUUCACUGCAUUUUGCUACAUGGAAACUAUGCACCCGUUUAUCCGUGUGAUUCACCAGUCAGAAAUGGAGACGUCAUACAAGUAUCCGCGUCGCGAUUCUCUGGUGCCCGCUGGGGUGCUUUGGGCUAUCGUAAUUGCCGCUCCGGGGAUACUGUCGUUGCUCGCUUGGGCGGCUUGCAAUGACUGUGUGGAUGCAUUAGAAAUACUAUUGGCAUGGUCGCUCGCAAUCGGUAUCAAUGGAGUUGUAACUGAUGCUAUCAAAUUAAUAGCAGGCCGACCCCGUCCAGACUUCUUUUACCGCUGCUUCCCUGAUGGUAUAGAGACUGUGGACUUGCAGUGUACGGGAGAUCCAGAUCUAAUCAUGGAGGGACGGAAGUCUUUCCCCAGCGGACAUAGCAGUUUGUCCUUCUGCUCUCUGGGUAUGGCGUCAGCGUGGCUAUGCGGGCGACUGGGGGUACUGUCGCGACGUCGAGGCAGUGGACUUAGAGUGGUGACGUCAUUUGCGCCGCUGGUUGCCGCUGCCUGUAUUGCUAUGUCACGGAGCUGUGACUAUCAUCAUCAUUGGCAGGAUAUCCUGGUGGGCUCAGUAUUAGGCUACACCAGCGCUAUAUUCUGUUAUCGACAAUAUUAUCACCCUUUAUCGUCUGAUUUAGCCGGAAUACCGUACGCAUCUGUUAAACCAGGCCGUCCAGACAGCCCAUCAAAAGAUAUAAAAGAAGAGACACCAUUACUGCCAAGGAAAGAGGAUAAAUGGAUAUAAAGAUUAAAGGAUAAAAGGAAGUGAAUAAAAAAUGUGAAAAUUAAAACGGAAACGAAAUGUUUUGA